AUGUUGUUGUUUUUUUCAGACACUGUAUGCAGCAUGGUGGAGACGGCUGACACUUAUUUUUCCGGGACGUGGGCUGGGGACAUUGAAUACCUAACGGUCUCAUCCCAAGCCGAGUGCCUGUCCACCUGCACAACGCCCGCUAACGUCACUCUAGGGGAAGUCCCCUGUUGGGCCGUCGAGUUCAGGAUACCGCAGAAACAGUGCGUGGUGUUGCGCAUGCUCCAGAAGCCAGACACGCUCCCAGAGACGGCAACCGGCACAGACCGGUCGACGUUUGUGAAGAUCUGCAAAACCGUGGCCUCCUUCCCCGAAGACACCUGCAGCGUGCUGUGCAAGUGCAACACUGACAGGUCUGAGGUGAUCUUGCCCCGCACAGAGGAGGAAUUCGCGGCCUUUGCAGUGGCAGUGGCGGAGAAGACCAAGAAAGAGCUGUCUGUGCCCACUGGGAACCUGUCUGCAACCAUCAGGAGGAAGGAGAGCGCCAAGGAUGAGAGGCCCACGUCUACUGGUAUGGGAGGACUGGGGAUAGCCAUGCUAACCUUGACCUUCGGUUCCCUAAUCAUCCUUGACCUUGCUUCUGUGUUCGGAGAGGUGCAGAAAGUUAUGGACAAGCUGCGGCCAAUGAUGAAAAAAUCGGAAACGCUGGUUUGAAUUUCAGUGAAAAACUCAUCGAAGUGGUAGCUUGCCUUCAAUUUCUUGUUUCAGGCUUACAACUCGCUCCUUCUAAAAAAUGUUCUUUGUUUGUUUGUUUGUUUGUUUGUCUGUCGGUCUGUUUUUGUUCGUUUGUUUGUUUUCCUAUUUGGUCGUUUGUAUGUUUGUUUGUUUGCUUGUUUGUCCAUUUAACUUGUUGGUACGUUUUGCAUGCUUAUUGAGUAAGUUCUUCGACUUACUAUCCAAUAAUAUGUUUGAUAUAACAAGUUCUCUUUCGAGGCUAUAACUUUAUCAUGCGAUGUUCUCUCUGGGCCUGAAAGACAUUGCGGAAUAUUGAGAGUGAUAUUCAGUCUUGAAGGAAAGAAAUUAAAUUGUUCUCAAAGUUUAAGCUUAAUUAGUCAAGUUCGAGCAGGCAAGAGACUUUUCUUCAAAGAAAAAGGCAAAAAAUGGGGAAAAAGCUACAGAAAACCUGAAAAUAGAAAAAGGUGUACAGCAUUCGUACAUUCUAGGGUGUUCUUUUUUACAUUUCAAAAUUAAUCCACAUAAAGAGCAAAAUAUCAAUCUCAUCAUCAUUUUCUUUGGCCUGGUAUUAUUGCUUUAACUCCCACGAUACUUUCCCUUUUUUCCCUCUUUAAUUGAGUGAAAACUUUCUUCGUCAAUCUUUUCUUUGUAACAUUCUCAUAAUUCAGUGAACAUUGAAUAUUAUUAGGAUACUGGUUUAGCCAGUAUAAAAUGUCAAGGUCAUCAAAAAUGUUUUGGUUAUUAAGUUGGAGCCAACAAGAAGCUAAAAGAGACACAGCAAAGAGCAUUCAAGGCAAAACAUUGAUGAUCUUGUGGAGCUUAUUAUGUUUUACUUGCAAACUAGAUUGUAAGUAUUGAACGAUAAAUUGUUUUUGCAUCUUCUUUCGGACAGAAUUAAAUCGAUGUUAAAAAUAAAAACAAACAUUGUAUGCAUACAUUUAAAUGUUUUGUCCGUGGUCGCAUUGUGUAAAUCACUUUAGUUCUUUGAUUAUGAUGUUAGAAUUGACUUUAACACAUUCAGAAAUUUGAUUAACACUUUCUAAUGAUUGUUUUACAGAUACAGCACAGUUGUCAUUUUAUCUAUUUUACUAAAAGAAACAUUUGUGUUUUUAUUCAAACGUUUGGGUCAUUUGUACAAAUUUCGCUACUUUGCUCGCUCUUGUAUUUGAGACAUUAAAAUGUACGUUACUUCAAAAACACUGUUGUCGAAGUAUGAAUUACGAAGAGCUCUGCGCUUAUUGUUAUGACAUUAUGAUUUUUGCUUUUUCUAAAGUGGCAACUUGAGUUACGAGUGUUCAUGUAUAUCACUGUGAUAAGGGGAAGAACGAAAGAAGGAAAGGAGGGUUCACAAUGAAAAUAAAGAGGCACGAGGUAAGGUUAGAACAAGCGAAGAUAAAGAGGACUUUCAUGUUCUGUCAUUCAGCAUAAUCUCCAUGUUCUCUUUGUGCUUUUCUGUACAGCACAGCACAUAAUCUUUGGAAUUACGCAAGUCAAAACUUUUCGGCUAUCUAUCAUGCGAAACGGUUGUCUUGUUUUGCAUCUUCUCUUUGAGCCGUAGCAUUAUUUAUUACAAAAAAGAACAUCAAAAACAUUUUGGCAUAUUGAAAACAUCUACUUUGGAAAGAAACAUAAAAUACAUUUUAUGCAAAGGUUA